AUGCUUAACCAAAGAGGAACCUCUCAAGUCAGUGACAACAAUAGCAGUUGCAAUACUGAUCAUUCCAAUCAAGAAGAAUCCAAUAAGCGUCGAGAACUGGAGGUAACGACUCCAGUCAUCAUCAAUCCACAACAGCCAAACAAGCAUCAGUCAUUGAAUGUUGUUGAAGGCUAUGAACCCAAACUUCUUUCUCCAACGAAUAUCAUAAGUAGUUCAAUGUCAGAUUCUGGCAUGAGCACAAAUUCAAAUCAGUCUCAAAUUCAGUUGGUGAUUCAUGAAGGUGACACUUCAUUGGCAGUUGGACACAACCAAAGAUGUUUGAGUGAAGCAUCAUCGCUCGAUGGAAAAAACGGAUCAAGAACGAAAGAAAUUGUUGGAUUUAGUGUGGAGGAGGUUUCUAAACAUGGAGAUGACAAGAAAAGUGCAACAGGUCAAUCAGCAGUCACAUCAAAAACACCUCGAUCCUCUUCAGUCACCAAGAGUCACUCAGGAGCCAUUCGGGUCAACACAUGUUUUGGAGUGUUGGAACUGAGUUGGUUGAAGGUGUUCAGCUUGUUAUCCCUCACGGUAAAUCUUUUAGCUUUUAUUACCUUGGCAACCUUGAUCAUUGUGGGUUAUGUUGGACAGAAUUACUUCUCCAGAAACUUUGAUGGUUUGGACACGAGUACUUCUUUCUAUCGCCAAAUGAUGGUUGCUUCAUGUAGAUCUGCAGUCUUCUCUAACUUUGAUCCUCACAUUACUGCGACCUAUGCUGCCAAAUUUGCAAAUUACACACAACAGUUUCUAACAAAUGUUGAAGUCAUUCUUGAGAAGGUUCCAAAAAAUUUGCACUAUUACGUUGUUCAUAACAUGUCGAUAGAUGAUUUAAGAACUGCUAAGGCGUUAGGUAUUGAAACUAAAGCAAUCGAAUUGAUAAUUUCUGGAAACUAUACAAUUGGUAUGGCAUUAUUGGAAUCCAGUUAUUACAAGUACUGUCUGGAUGGAUAUGUUGAAGAAUUUCAACCAUUGGUCGAUUAUGUGUUGGCCAUUCAAAAUUUUGCAAAGGACUUCAAUACUGUGGUCAUUACCAUUUCUUUAAUUGUGAUUUUGGCAUCGAUCAUUGUGGUGGUACCGACGGUCCUAGCAUCCAUUGCCAUGUCUCUCAAGAAAGACUCCUCGAACAAUAAGAAGAUCAAACAAAUUAAGGCCCUCAUGUUAAUAGAUACCAUGAGAGACACAAAAACUCGAAAUCAAUUCAAAAAUUACUGCAAACAAGAGCUCAGCUUGGAUAACUUUUCUUUACUCGACAAAAUUAAUGACUACAAGGUUUUAUGUGAGAGGAGUUUUGACAUUCAAGUUUACCUGUUUGACACUAGUGAAGGAGCAUCUGACAUCCUCUCUGAAACAGGAUCAUCAGCAAGUAUUGAACCAAACAAGAAGAAAAAGAAGAAGGGAUUCUCUGAGAAGGAUUUGAACGACAUUGAAAAGAAAAAGUACGAAAUUGCAUUUGAAAUUUAUACCGACUACUUGGACGUGCAUGGUGACAAGUCUGUGAACAUUAACAAACAACUUGCUGAUCGAGUGAAACAAUGUUUGGAUUUCUUUGCGACAGGACAAAGUGAGCAAUUACCUGAAAAUCUGUUUGACCAAGUUGAGUCAGAAAUGUGUGUGCUCAUGAUGGACACUUUCCACAGAUUCAAGAUAUUCCUAGAGUCUCAAAGGCAAAACAAGAAGGAAAUACUUUCGAAAUUUAAAAACAACAAACACAAGUCUGUAAAUCAAACACAUUAA